UUGAAAAUUAAAAAAAAACAUUGUAUUUCAACGGUAACAUAUUUGGCGGGGGAGCGAAACACAUAAAAGAAACCUGGUUUAACGUUAAUAAUUGGGAAACGCGGUUUGAAACAACGACUCUAUUUCGCGGUAGAGGGAAACAUUCGAGUUUUGUCAGAACUCAAAACCCUAAUUUCUUCUUCUUCGAAGCGAUUUGGUUUUGACUAGAGAAACAAUGUGGAGUCUUGAUCGUGAUUGGUACACUCCCAGAAGCCUUCUCAGCACUCCAACCCAUUAUCAUUUUCCUGGUGAUCGAUUCAUACCUAACAGGAGUUUGAUGGAUCUUGAUCAAGCUCACAGUUUACUCACCAACAGGUUUAAGGAAACUCCACACAAUCAACGAUUCAGUGAGUCUUACAGACAGAAACUGGAUGAGACACUGAAUUUGGGUUCAGAUGGCAAGCCAUUUAGGAUGUUGGUUUUCAGGGGAUGUCCAAAAUCAACUAGAAAGUCUAUUCGGGAAGCAGAGGCGGCAGCAUUGCAAAACAGAAGCAAUCAGCCCCACUCUCGUGCAAUGCCUAAGAAAGAAACAAAGAUAUUGGAUGUACCAAAUAUUAGAAAUGAUUACUACGCCAACAUCAUGGAUUGGGGGAAAAACAAUAUUCUAGCUGUUGCUUUGGGCUCAGAAAUUUUCCUUUGGAACUCCUUGAACAGCAAUGUACUUCAGUUGUUUGAAGGCACUGACGACGAUUGUCCCACCAGUGUUGCGUGGUCUCAGGAUGCCAAACUUCUGGCAGCAGGAUUUAUGAACUCUGAACUUCAACUCUGGGAUGCUGAGACUUCUAAGCCGAUAAGAAUGCUAGAAGGUCAUAGGAAAAGGGUAGCAACAAUUGCAUGGAAUGGUGAUACUUUAACUUCUGGAAGCCUUGACAACUCUAUAAUCAACCAUGAUGUUAGAGCAAGAAGAAAUGUUACUUCACGUGUAAAAGCACACAGAGCAGAAGUUUGUGGUUUGAAAUGGUCAAGAAGGGGAAAUAUGUUGGCAAGUGGUGGUGGUGACAAUCAUAUCUAUAUAUGGGACUCAUCUAAAAUGAGUUCGUCGAGCUUCUUGCACUGUUUCAAGGACCAUCGUGCUGCAGUCAAGGCCCUUGCGUGGUGCCCUUAUGAUUCAAAUGUGCUUGGUUCUGGAGGUGGCACAGAUGACAGAUGUAUUAAGAUAUGGAAUGUUCAAAAAGGAACUUGCAUUCGCAGCAUAGAUACUACAGCUCAGGUGUGUGGAUUAGAAUGGAAUAGACAUCAUAAGGAGAUUUUAAGUGGCCAUGGCUUUAGUACAAGUUCAUCCCACAACCAACUUUGUUUGUGGAGGUAUCCAUCCAUGACUAAAGUGGGAGGCUUGGGCCCUCAUGCUUCAAGAGUACUCCAUCUAUCUCAGAGCCCGGAUGGGUUAACAGUGGUGUCAGCUGGGGCAGAUGAACGUCUUCGCUUUUGGGAUAUUUUUGGGCCACCUGCUACUGAUACUUCAAAGAUCUCAUAUCUGGAUAACCUUUUGUCUUUUAAGAUAUCCCAAUUAAGAUAACCUUUUAUAUAACCGUUUUGCAUUCCUCACUUUUCAUUCAUUUUGUUUUAAUUUUUCUGUUUUGUGAAGGGUGAUCGUUUCAUACCCAACAGGAGUUUGAUGGAUCAUGAUCAAGCCCAGAGUUUGCUCACCAACAGGACUGAGAAAAUUCACAAUGACAAUUCAAUGUACAUUCACUCACUCAUUCACCCCACUUCCCUCUUUCUUUUUUAAUUUUAUUUUUACUUCUUUAUCUGUGUUUUCCCCCUUUUUUGGUGCUCAAGAAAUAUAAAGUUUGAACCUCUAAAGGUUCCUUGGACUCUACCCUUUGUUGAAUGUCAACUUUUAAAUUUCCUGUCAAGGCUCAAAGAAAAGCCAUCCCUAGUGGAAUUCUUGAAUGUUUUACUCCCCUCUUUUUCAUGCUCAAGAAAUAUAAAUUUUGAUUUGGAAUGGAAAAACUCUUCACUGUUUCUGAAAUUUAUAACUAUUCAGUUUCAUUUCAAGCUCAAGAAAACCAAUUUAUUCUUGUUUAAAUUCAUGAAGUUUUUUCUUGUUUUUUGGGCAGUUGUCUUGUGCAGAAUUUCACAACACAUAUUUGUGUGCUGCUUUUGAAAUUCACAAAGACACUUUUACUUUAGGUGAUAUGAUAUUUAAUUAAUAGCUUCACUGAGUUGUCUCUGAAGUCCUAACUGCUGCAAUUUGAGUAUAUGGCUUUUCUAUUAUGUGGCUUUCUUUUGGAGAUAACAAUUUUAACUGCAGGCAUACUUAAUUAUUUCUCAUUUUUAUGAUUUUUGGAGGCAAGUAGCAGUGCUGAAUGAGUAAGGAUCGGAUUAUCUGGUUUUGAUGGCUGGAUUCAUUUGAGUAGAUUAUAUGACAUAUAUAUUUUUCCAUCUUAAUUAUCGUUAAGAUUGGAAACAGCCUUUUGAUAUAGUGCAAUAAUUGAAGACAGUUUGGAUAGACACCUAGUAACCAGGCAAGGAAGGGAUAGUGCUAAUUAGUUAGUAGUAAUGCAAGGCAUAAAUUGCUACCGAUCAGUAGCAUCAUUUGCUUUAACAUGUUUUGGUAUUUUUGUAUAGGCCAAAUCAUUUGGCUAGAUUUGAUAUAAACUAUGGUUGAUUUGAUUGUAAUCUUGAACUACUACUAAACUGAG